AUGGAACGUCGCCUGCCCAGAACACCACGAAUAAACGAUACAAUUGAGGAAUAUUAUGAAAAAUUUGGUAAAUAUCGAAAUUUGGAAAAAUUCCUACGCAUAAAUUCACCGGCGGGUAGCGAGGCAAUAUCAUCGAACAGUAGCUGUGAAGCAUUGGCGGCGAAAAUGGCAGCUAACAACCCACUGGUUGCCAGCAGCAGUUGUUGUAAAAGUAUGCCCAAUAUACACGAAAACGAGAUGGUACAGUUUUGUGGUAGUGGUGGCACCCUAAAGGAUAUUCUGGUGGAUAUUAAUAUCGAAUUGGAGGAUGAUGCCGUAAAGAUAUUUAGCAACUCUAGUGAAAAUCUUCAUACACCAAAAAAGGCCGGAAAUGGCGUGGCCAUACAAGAAGUUAAAACACCCGACUCCAUUGCAAAGACUCAUCGACGAUUGGAAUGGGAUUCAUUGGGGGAUAUUGGCUAUAAAAAAUCCAUGUCCACAAGUAAUAUAAGUGUGCUGGAGAGAUCAUUGCUAAAAGAGUUCUUUAAGGAGAGCAGUGUCACAUCGGAACCAGCAACUACUAAGUUGCAUGACGAACAAAAGAUAUUGGAAGAUAAACCACAAUCGAAGAAGUUGGAAAAUAAACAAUUGGAAAAUAUGAAAAGCAAUGCCAUGGAACAUGCUACCCCUCCUUUGGCUUGCAGUACAUUGGUUGAGGGUCUUUCGGCCAACGUGAAAAGCCGUGGUGGAGCCAGACCAAAAAUGCUGACAAAAAGUACAUCAUCAACAUCACUGCAAGAGAAAUUUGAAAAAUAUGCUCAAACCUCGAUGGUAAAGCCAGCACCAAGUCGUGAAACUCAAUCUCAAGAAAUUCAAGUAUCCCUCUGCUCAUCGACUUCGGUAAUUGAGGGUACAGCGACGCCUUCAAGUUUUGAAUAUUACUCAUCAAGAUCAUCUAAAUCCCGAUCAUCUAUAUCAUCGGUGGCUGCCGGAACGUCAAGUAAUUUGUCAAAUGUCAGUAUACCACCAUCAGCUCAACAUCCAUUUAUAACAAGCAUUACAGAUUUGUUGAGAAAACGAAAGGCAUUAAAUGAAAAGUCGAUACAAUCACGCAAACCUGCAGCACCACGAGAAUGCAUUAACGACUUGAAAAAUCGCUUUCAAGCUGCCCUAGAGGAAAAUAAAGAAAAUCAAUCGCAUGCCAAUACGACAACCGCAUCCUCUAGUAAUUCUUUUUCAAUGACCCGACAAGCUCCUGAAUUGGAUUUGGGUAUACAGCUGAUAUGUUCUCUUAUCGAUGCUAAAAAAGUUAACGAAAAACAAAAAAAGAAAUUAAUUCGUGAUAUAGUAAAACGUCUUACGCGUUUAGUUGAUGAGCAGUCAGCAGUGCAGGAGCAGAACUCAGUGAGGGGAGAUUCGACAUCAUCAAAUAAAUCAAAUUUGUAUGAUGCUGUUUAUUCUCGUCUGGGUAAUGGUUCAUCGCGAAGUAUUCAUGAAUUUCCCAACAAUAAUGUUAGAGCAUCAAAAGCUAGAGCUGAGGAAAGAUCAUUAGGUCUUAAAUCAUUGGACGGGAAUGGGUCCUACAACCAAUGUCUAUCCCAUAUGACUGUAAAUUCGACCAGUGAACAAGAUGGUAGUCGAGGCAAACCUCGCAACGACAAUGGCCGUGUUGUUCAACCUCAUACCGGGCAUAUGAAAAGCGAAAAUCUCUGUGACAAAAGCCAACAGACAAAUACCUUAAAUACAAAAACAACAUCAACCUCUCCACCACCUACAAAUAUUUUAAAUGAAAAUCACAAGCAAGUGCCAAUUACAACAAUAGCAACAAAGGCUAUGAAACAUAUCAGAGAUGUGCAAAGUGAACUAAUUACCGAAACAAAGGAUGGGACAAGCAAUUCAUCUAAAAACAGUACUGAGAUGUCUAAAAAAUUGCCAAAGACAGCAAAUUCAGCAAAAACCGCAUCCACAGCUUCGUCGGAAACAAAUGCCAGCAAAACAACCGGAACAACUUCAACCUCAUCUAGAUCAUCCCAUGAUUUACCCACACAAAAGACAGUGCGAAAAAACCCACCAAUUUCCACCUAUGACACAGAUGGCGAUCAGGCCACCAUGCGUGAAUGGCUUAAUCCGUUGACACAAUCCGAAAUUGAAUAUGAGGAAAAGAAACGAGAAGAAAGUAAAAAGAAGAAACAAUUAAAUUGGAUUGAAAGUGAAAUACAUCGUCUGGAGUGUUUGAAACAUUUAUUACUAAAAGAUCAACAACAUCAUCAUCAUGAUAAUACAUCUUCUGUUCUAAUGUCCUCCGAUCAAAGUUCUGUGCCUUUGAAGGAAACCUUUAACUCCAGCACACAACACACGGAUAAGCUGUAUGACUCGGUGUACUCGGAUAAAUCAUCUGUUUUAAGUGAAUCCGCCGAACGUUUAGUUAAGGAAAUUGAAGUAAUACUCGAAGAGUCCAAUGAAGAUGUUUUGGAAUAUAAUAAUAAUCCGGCAAAAGGUGCGGUUGUCGAAAAUGAAUUUGAGUUGCACAUUAAUAUACAAAAAACUAAACACAAACAUAAGGAAGAAGAAAAUUGUGGACAUAAACAUGACGAGAAACCAAUACAAAGACAAAAAAUCGAUACACCUCCAAGUGCUGGAACAGCCGAUCACAGCCCAGCGGAAGGUGGAGAAAGUUUACGGGACAUGGUAAAGCAAAGAAAACAAGAAUUUAUGGCGUCGUAUAAAACUAAAAAACAAAAUCAUUAUGAUAUUUUAAAGCAACAACAAAAGGUUGAGGCUGGAUUUAAAUAUUUACCGAUCCACGCAAAGGAAAGGCAGCAGGGUUAUUAUUCAGUACCCCACACAAUGAAUAGAAGAUUUUCACCCACAGAAUAUGCCUAUCCACAAAGUGAUUUACCACCAACGCCACAGGAGAUAAAUACAAACAAUUCCUCCUCAGGAUCAUCGCAUGUGAUUUAUAGUACGGCAACAACCGGAGCAUUUCAAAAGCGACCGGAAUUACCAAAACCCUCAACAUCUGUCACCACCAGCAACAGCACCACCACAACAACAGCAUCUUCGGCCUCUAUUUUUUGUAUGUCCUCUGAUUGUUCGGUACCAAUGGGUUCGAAAAAUUGUUCAUCCACCCCGACAACAACUCAUCAUUAUGAUGAUGUUGCAGCUGCUGUGGCUGGUUGUGCACAAACAUCCGACUUAUAUCAUGGUGAUAAACAUCAAUUACAACCCUAUAUCCGGAGACAAUGUCCCCUACCAUUAAAAGACACUAUACCAAACAUAGUGAAGGCGGCUGCCAUACAAGUUAAACCCAAGGGUAUUGCAUAUGUUAUCGAAUUUGACAAUACGAAAGAAAUGAAUAACAACAAUAGCUGCUUAAAGAAUAAUGAUGACAAUCUUCAAAAAUCGACCUCGACAUUUACAACAAACAAUCUGAAAUGCUUGGAAAAAGAAGGUCCUCAAUUAACACUGCAAGAACAUUUGGAAAGAAGCAAACCGAAUUUCUUAAAACACAGCAAAGAACGCAAAGCCAUACUUAAUAAACUGCAAUCUAUGCGUCAGGAACGCGAUCGUCAAUUAAGGGAUAUUAUCGAUAAUACAAGUUUUAAUUCCCUGGAGCGACGUUUGAAAUAUCUACCACCGCCACCAAUGCAAAAGUUACGAAUUUUGAAAACCAAGGAAAUGAAGGCCUUAACCAACAAACGGGUUGCCUCUCUUCCCGAAGUUGUUGCCCGCAAACAACAAGAAUUAGAAGAGAAACGACGUCGUGGCAAUCGUAUUCUGCGUGACGUCUUUAAUUUGCGUCUACAAAAACGUGUACGCAGUGGAAAACUAUCGUUGAAUCAUAGCAAAGUUGUUGUAUGA